GGUCUCGGUGUCGGCGGUCGGGUGCUCGGUGUGCGGGGAGGGGGUCGGUGUCAGACGCGGCGGGGCGGCGUCUUCUUCUGCCGGAGCCCCGGAGCUGCCGAGGAUCGCUGGGCGGUAGCAGCGGACAGAGCGGGUUCCGGGUCGCUGGAGUGGUUCCGGGGGCCUGUGGCUGCUUCUGUCUCCCGGCUGUGCGAGAGAGGGAGGGAUGAGCGCCGGACUCCGGAGGAGGAGGAUGCCUGGACACCCCGACUCCCUGCAUGGACUCCGACCAUAGGUGGAUGGAAUGUUGUGGAUUCUCUUGGCAAGAAGCUGAACGUAGGGUAGACAAGUGCCGGUCUCUAGACUACCAUGGGAAACGCCACUACAAAGUUCCGCAAAGCCUUGAUCAACGGGGACGAGCACCUAGCUUACCAAAUCUACGAGAGCAGUCCGCAGCUGAAAGAGUCCCUCGACCCCAACACAUCCUACGGGGAGCCGUACCAACACAACACUCCGCUGCACUAUGCCUCUCGUUAUGGCAUGUCGCGCCUGAUCAGGGCCUUUCUUAUUGGGAAGGAUGGGAAUCCCAACAAACGCAACAUUCACAAUGAAAGUUCUAUGCACUUGCUUUGUAUGGGAUCCGAUCUACGGAUCUCUGAAGGUGCUCUAGACCACCGCUUGCCCCGGCCACUGGAUGAUGACCGCAGGAGGUCCGAGUGUUUACGAAUGUUUCUGGAGUGGAAAGGAGCCAAGCUUGACCAUGGCGAGUAUGAGAGGGCUGCGCUCGACGCCACGGACAACAAGAAGAACACACCUUUGCACUAUGCUGCUGCCUCAGGGAUGAAAACUUGUAUUGAGCUACUAGUGAGGAAUGGAAGCAACCUCUUUGCCGAAAAUGAGAACAAGGACACCCCCUGUGACUGCUCUGAGAAACAGAACCACAAGGACCUGGCGCUGAAACUGGAGUCUCAGAUGGUGUUCUCGCGGGACCCAGAGGCAGACGACAUUGAAGCAGAGUACGCCGCCUUAGACAAGCGAGAGCCAUAUGAAGGACUUCGUCCGCAAGAUCUGCGCCGUCUGAAGGACAUGCUGAUUGUGGAAACGGCUGACAUGCUGCAGGCGCCCCUGUUCACUGCAGAGGCAUUGCUCCGAGCACACGAUUGGGAUCGGGAGAAGUUACUUGAAGACUGGAUGACCAGUCCAGAGAGCUGUUGCCAACGAUCUGGUGUUCAGAUGCCAACGCCGCCACCCAGCGGGUACAAUGCCUGGGACACGCUGCCUUCUCCUCGCACCCCACGCACCACUCGCUCCUCCGUCACUUCACCAGAUGAAAUUAGCUUGUCUCCCGGAGACAUUGACAUGACUCUGUGUGGUAUCUGCAUGUGCAGUAUUUCUGUAUUUGAAGACCCUGUGGAAAUGGCCUGUGGACAUGACUUUUGCAGAACAUGCUGGGAGUCGUUUUUAAACCUUAAGAUUCAGGAAGGAGAAGCUCAUAACAUCUUCUGCCCAGCCUAUGACUGUUUCCAGCUGGUUCCCGUGGAGGUCAUAGAGAGUGUGGUGUCCAAGGAGAUGGAUAAGAGAUACCUUCUGUUUGAUAUUAAGGCAUUUGUUGAAAAUAACACUGCAAUUCGAUGGUGCCCAACACCAGCCUGCGAGCGGGCUGUGCGCUUAAAGAAGCAAGGGACCAAUACAUCUGGGUCCGACAUCCUGACCUUCCCCUUGUUGCGAGCUCCAGCCGUGGACUGUGGGAAAGGGCAUCUGUUCUGCUGGGAGUGUCUGGGAGAGGCCCAUGAGCCCUGCGACUGCCAAACGUGGAAAAACUGGCUUCACAAGGUGUCGGAGAUGAAGCCAGAGGAGCUUGCCGGCGUGAAUGAGGCUUUCGAGGAUGCUGCCAACUGCCUGUGGUUGUUAACAAACUCCAAACCCUGCGCCAACUGCAAAUCUCCUAUCCAGAAAAAUGAGGGCUGUAACCACAUGCAGUGUGCCAAGUGUAAAUAUGACUUUUGCUGGAUCUGUUUGGAAGAAUGGAAGAAGCACAGCUCUUCCACGGGAGGUUAUUACCGCUGUACUCGCUACGAGGUCAUUAAUCAGGUGGAAGAGCAAUCUAAAGAAAUGACGGUAGAGGCAGAGAAGAAGCAUAAAAGAUUCCAGGAACUGGAUAGAUUUAUGCACUAUUAUACAAGAUUUAAAAACCAUGAACACAGCUACCAGUUAGAACAACGUCUUAUCAAAACAGCCAAAGAAAAGAUGGAGCAGCUGAGCCGGGCUCUCAGUGAAACUGAGAGCGGCUGCCCAGACACCACAUUUAUUGAAGACGCCGUACAAGAGCUCCUCAAGACCAGGCGCAUCCUCAAGUGUUCUUAUCCCUACGGAUUUUUCCUGGAACCCAAAAGCACAAAAAAGGAAAUCUUUGAACUCAUGCAGACAGACCUAGAAAUGGUAACAGAAGAUCUGGCUCAGAAGGUGAACAGGCCUUACUUGCGCACCCCUCGCCAUAAAAUCAUCCGGGCCGCGUGUCUGGUGCAGCAGAAGCGACAGGAGUUUUUAGCGUCGGUGGCACGCGGAGUGGCUCCAGCUGACUCUCCUGAGCAAUCGAGGCGAAGCUUCGCUGGAGGGACUUGGGACUGGGAAUAUCUAGGAUUUGCUUCUCCAGAGGAAUAUGCAGAGUUCCAGUAUAGGAGAAGACACCGUCAGCGCCGCCGUGAUUUGCACAGUAUGAGAAGCAACACUCCAGAUCCCGAUGACCAUGCAGAAGGCACUUUGGAUACCCUGGAGGUUCGCGGUAGCAGAAGACAUGGCACAUCCACGGCGCUGAGUUCACUGGAUGAUGACGAUCCCAACAUCCUCCUGGCCAUUCAGUUGUCUUUGCAAGAAUCUGGCCUCAAUGUUGAUGAAGAGACUAGACAGUUCCUCAACAAUGAGUCUUCACUAGGAGCCAUAGGUUCAUCUCUGCCUACAAGACUUGAUCCAUCUCCAAUAAGCUUAGAGAACCCUAGGUCUGCAAUGAGUAGCUCCGAGCUGCUAGAACUUGGUGAAAGUCUGGUCAGGCUGGGAGCUAGCAAUGACCCAUAUGCAAUAGACCGCAUACACUCGAAUUCAUUCACCGAUGUCCCAACAUCCAGCAGUGACCUUGAUUCUUCUAGUCAAGACCCCAACAUGAAUGAGAACCUUCUGGGAAACAUUAUGGCUUGGUUCCAUGACAUCAAUCCUCAGAGCAUCGCCCUUAUUCCAUCUAUGGCCUCGGAAACUGACGUUGAUUUACAACCUCUGAGUGCCAGUGACCAGUCGCUGCCUCCUGCUCCAAGCAUGGCAGAGGAGCAUGCACUUUUUCAGGAUGCACUAAUUAACGAAGACCCAGAAACGCAAACAGAGGAGGUUGCUUCCGAGCAGAUAGAAACUCAGGCCGAAGCGGUGUCACAGAGUAGUGACCACACCAACGAAGUCACGAGCAGUAUGACCAGCUCCGAAGAUAUCUCAAGUAGAACUCCUGAACCCCCAACAGAAUGGGUCGAACAAGUACAUUUGGUAUGAGUACGACAAAACCUAAACAUCUAUCCGGUAACCAUAUUCAGAUUCUCACAUACAACCUCAACACCAUGCCACCGUACGUUCUAGACCACUUAAGAGAUGGAUCAUGUGUUGGGAAUAAUGUUAAACCUUUAACUCAACUUGAACUUUUAAACAAUAUUUUCUGCAUUUAACUAAUGGAGUUUGAUUGCCUUUUAUUUUUUUUCUCUUUUUUUUUUCAAAACAAGAAAUAAGUAGGGUGAAAUCUUUACUCAAAUAAAAUGCAGUCGUCAUGUAGCCUUAGCUUGGUAAUACUUACCUUGAA